UGCUCUGGUUCAGGAGAAAUGUGAACUGCAACAUAGCUUCAAUAUAUAUCUAAAAACGGUAUUUUAAGUAUAUAAAAGUUAUAAAUGCCGAUUCAGUGCUGUUUAGAGAUUAAAAACACUACUAUUCUGCCGGAGGAUAAGCAUCUUUAAUCUUUAUGUUUUUGACCAUCUAAAGUGGCACACUGGUGAUAUCAGGUGUACAGUAUAAUAAUUAGUUUUCUUGAAGAAUCAGAGUAUGGAUCAUCGCUGCUACUGUUGUGCAUCAAAAUUCACUCUCUUCAGAAAAGAGUUGGGAUGUAAAAACUGUGGCCAUUCUUUCUGUUCUGGGUGUCUGACAUACACUGCUGUGGUGCCAAAAUUUGGAAACAGUCAGCUAAAAGUGUGUAAACAAUGUCAUGGGAACUUAACAAGUACAGGCAACCAGAAUGAUGCUGGAAGAUGGUCCCCACCAGAAAACUAUAAAAAGAGAGUCGCUGCUCUUGAAGCCAAACAAGCUCAACAGAAUCAGCCCCCAAAACCUGGAGGUGGUAAAAGCAGUUCUGUGGGUCUCAUUUCAACCAGAGGUCUCAGUAAAGAGGACCAGGUCAUCGCAGAAAGACUGCAGAAGCUGAAAGAGGAAACCAAGCCAAAGUCCAUACCAUCAGAGAAAGAGCUGGAGUCUCGUUUAGCUGCGUUAAAAACGCCGGUUCAGCCGGUACCGUCGGCUAAAGACAUGGAGGAGCGUUUGGCUGCCUUACAGGGGAGACUCCCGCCCUCUCAAGCCCCACGUCCUGUUCAUCAGCCGCCCGACAGCAGAACUCAGACCGAACAGACCAAUGAUUUAAUCACACAGAUGACAGAUGAAGUUGCUAUUGACAACCAGCAUCCAUCUGCGGAGGAUGGAUCACUAAACGAUCUCAAUAAGCAUGAGGGUGGGAACUUGAAUGCGAAUCUGGAUGACACAGAUCUGUCAAUCAAACAGCUGCAGACGGAGAAGACCCGUGUGCUUGAAGAAGCCAUGCAGGAACUGCAAAAAGACCAACAGAACCAGGAGCAGAUGCUGCAGAUAGCCAAGAGACUCGCACUGCUGCAAGGACGAGACCCAGAGCAGAUCAGACUGUUAGAUUUCCAACAACCUGACAGUGAUGAAGAGAACGAAGAAGAGGCCAUCAACAGAGUUUUGAAAAAGUUAUCUGAAGAGACGGCUCUGGAUGAGGCCAGUGGCUACAACAUCCCACCUGACCUCAGGGGACCAAUGAACCGAGAGAAGGACACGUCCAACAGGAAAUCGUUCACGGAGCAGUCACCUAAACCAAAACCUCCAGCUGCUGUAUCUCAGUCCCGCCGUUUUAAUGAUGAUGAUGAUGGUGACGAUGAUGAAGAGUUGCCAUGGUGCUGCAUCUGUAAUCAGGACGCCUCUGUCCGCUGUCACACGUGUGAUGGAGAUCUUUACUGCAACCGCUGCUUCAGGGAAGGUCACGACAAAUAUGACAGAAAAGAACAUCGUUCUUCUACAUAUACAGCACCAAAGAAAACCAAGAAGAAAACAUGAAUCUUAAUGUGCAACAAUUGGUUUAAUGCUUUAAAAGUAGAGCUCUCUAAUAGACCGAAAUUACAGGAUGUUCUGUAGUUUCAAGGACAAGCCGCUCUCAAACACAGGCGUGUUAAAAGCUGAAAGAUUAUUUUCUAGUCUGCUUCGUGGGAAUUAAUAGAAACCUAUUAUUAAUUAAUAGAAACUGGAGUAGUAAAUAAGUGCUCAAACAGCUUGUGUUAAAUGUAUAAACAUGUCUAAUAAGUCUGUAGUAAUAAAAAACUGAAUCAUUCUGACUUAAACAUUAAUAAAAGACUUUAAUCGAAAGCAAGUCAUAUGUUUAAGAGAACUAGUCAUGAGAUUUAUUCUACAAUGUAUCUUUCAAAACACAGUUCACACAUUCGGUAUUUUGAGCAUUUGUGCUUGUCAUUAUUAUAACUGUAAAACAUCUCGCUCACAUUCUCGUACAAUCACAAACAAACUUGUGUUUGUCAGAUUCUAAACACUUUUAUGUCUAACGUAUAAAGUCUCACCUGAUUUUAAAUGUUUUUAUUUUGACCCAAUGACCUUCCUGUUACUUGCUGUUGACAAUAUCUGAUCUGGCUUAUUUAUUUACGAAACGGCUUGUUUUCUUAAAGGUUAAGCGUGCAAUAUUUGCGACACUAGAAUCGACAGAAUUGCAAAAUAUGAGCUGUUUUUAUGCAGUUUUUCGGAAAUCUCACCGUGUAUGUAAUUGGUUGGACAAACAGAUAGUCCCGCCCCAGAACUUAUGCCAUUGGUUGUGCCAGUGCUUUUGAUUUGAUCGUACACGAACAAUGCUAUUAUCGUUAAUGAAAACAAAAACAAAGACGAAAUGAAAACAUUUUCAAUAACUGAAAUUGCUUUUUUUUAAAUGAUAGGAAAAAACUGAAACUAAACAAAUAUUUUUUUUAUAUCGCCAAAAUAAAAUUGAUUUUAUCAUUUUUAUUUGCCACGUUUUUUGCUUAUAACUUCAGGAUAAAUAAACUGAACAUAAAUCAUUAAUUAUAGGAGGUGAUUAUCUUUCAAACGAGUCCACACACAAGAUAAUCAGAUGUAUAGAUCAUUAGAUAAUCCACAUGAAGCACAAUGUUACAUAUGACCACCAGGAGAUGGCGCCAAAUACACGACACAGACUCAAUGAUGACUCAAAUGACACAGAAUGAAACUCAUUCUGUGAAAUCUCAUGACUAAAAUAAACAGAACAUAAAAUAUCACAUACCGUUAAUUAGAGUCUGUGAUUAUCUUUCAAACGAGUCCACACACAAGAUAAUCAGAUGUAUAGAUCAUUAGAUAAUCCACAUGAAGCACAAUGUUACAUAUGGCCACCAGGAGAUGGCGCCAAAUACACGACACAGACUCAAUGAGUCAAAAGAUUGGAAUUAAUUUUCUUUAUUUUAGUUUUAAUAUUUGAUAUACAAUAGGUUGAAUAUGGGCAAAGUGGGACACUUAUGGAAACUUUACAUUUGUUGGCACUUUUAGUUAAAGCUUAGGAUGAUUUAUGGUGUGUUUACAUACAACGCGUAGAAUAUUUUCGCCUCGCAUUGCUCGCGCGAGUUUGACCGCUACAUUAUAAAUGUGUGUUUAAACUCGCGUUCGUGCGAGUAACGCGAACCCGCGAGUAUUCCCUCUUCUCUUCCGGAAAAGGACGGGAGGGGCUUCUACGACUUGUUUCAUAGUAAAGUUCAACCAAUAGCGGGAAUCAAGUAGUCACGCAUAUUUUCAGAACUUACCAGGUAGUCCAGAUUCCUCGCUCACUCUCCAAGCGAUAUCUUUUUUCGUCCGGUCUCUGUACAUGUAUGACGUUGUGUCCUACAAUUCCGGGUGCCCACACACACACACACACACACACACACCGCUACAACAAUGUUUUCAUCCAUUUUUCCAGAUUUCUUCUGCUACUACGUCAGUACGUCAGUGACAUCCGGACGAUCUCAAUGCUGAUAGGCUUUCGCAAAUUUCUCGCUGGAGUUGAAAAAUGUGAAUUUGAAAAAUCUGAAGCGAUUUCGCGUGUUCAAGUCGCGCCUAUUUGCAUCUUUGCAUUGACUUUGUAUGUAAUCGCGCCGUGCGAAACGCUCGCUUCGUGUUGUAUGUGAAUGCACCAUAAGGAUGUCGAAAUGGAAAAAGAGCCUUUGAAGAGCCUCUUUUAACCAAAUCACUGAUUUUUAUAUAUAUAUAUAUAUAUAGAGAAAAUAUCUAAAAUAAAAAAUAUAUAUAAAUAUAGAA